CACAUCUCUAUCUAUUACUUUCUAUUCCGUGCAGAAAUAAUUGUAAAUAUUUACGCCAAAUAGCACGGAAAAACUUCCGAAAAAACUGCAAAAUGAGGAGCAAAAGAUGCGGCAACGAACGAUGAUCAAAAAGCAUGAAGAACAGAGACGAUGGUGACGAUGAGCAACAACAAAUUUUUAUGAGCUUGCAAGCCUCUAAAUAUUAACGAAACAACAACACUGGAAUAUACUCACUCGCUCUGGCCAAAUUCGGACGAAAGCACAAAGCUGCGAUAACCAACAUACACAUACAAACCUAUACAUUAAUACAUAUGCCAAACUGAACGCACACACGGAGCAGCAGCAGUUAUCAGUGGUUUCUUGGCUCCAAACCGCACACACAUAGCUAGAGGAACUAGAACCAUGAGUUGGCUGCGUCAGAGCACCACCGGGGGCGUCGCCUCCGCUGGGUCCGGGCAUUCCGGCAGCCUACGUCAGCGGCCCAUUGAUGCCGCCACCGAUUGUGAUCCGCGCGCCUGCUACGAUAGCUUCUGCAAGCACUGGCAACAAGCCCACGAGAUCAUCCAGCACAGCUCUCCGCCCUCGCACGACGAUGUGCUGGGUGUGGUUUCGCACUUGGAUUACAUGGUCACGCUGCUACUGGUAGAGCUGCAUCACUGCAACAAAGUCUCCCUGCCGGCGAUGGAGACCAGCGGUCCGCCUGCUGCGCCCUGCCUGGAGUACCUGCUGAGCGAGAAUCUGCUGGACAAACUGUACGAAUGGGCCUGCACCACGGGCCGCUAUGCCAACGCUGUGCGAUUGGAACAGUUGAAGCUGUACGAGCUGCUUGUCAGCCAUUCGCGCCACCAGUUGCUCUGCCACGAGCCCUUUCUGCGGCCCUUACUAAAGAUACUGGCCUCCAGCCAGGGUGAAAUCUUUCCUCCUGACCUGGAGAAGCGACUGGUCAUACUGCUGAACCAGCUGUGCGUGGUCCUCAUGCAGAACGUUCACCUGUUGGACCUGUUCUUCUUCUCCGCCCAGACGCAAGUCCAGGAGCAGAUACAGAACGGCAACGUGCCGCAACCCAAGAGUGGAACCACAACCAAUUUUAUCAUCUUCUCGCUGCUCAUUCCCUAUGUGCAUCGGGAAGGCAGUCUGGGUCAUCAGGCCCGCGAUGCCCUGCUCCUGUGCAUGGCCCUAUCACAGAAGAACUCCAACAUUGGAACGUACAUAGCCCAGUACUCUUCGAUUUGCCCUCUGCUUGUGACCGGCCUGGGUGGCCUUUACUCGCGCCUGCCCAACAGCAUCGAGAUCAGCUCCAUCGACUGGCAUCGGAUAACGCCGGAUGAUGUGACGGAGAUACCAGAGCUGACGCUCUUCAUGAACGCCUUGGAGUUCUGCAAUGCGGUGGUGCAGGUGGCCCACGAGAUGAUCAAACAACAGCUGCUGGACUUUAUGUAUCAGGGAUUCAUUGUGCCCGUGCUGGGACCGGCGAUCCUACAGACACUGAAGGGCAAACAUUUUCAGACGAACGUCGAUUCGCAAAUCUCGGCCAUGUCGUAUCUGGAUUUGAUCCUGCGCUCCAUCACCGAACCCGGACUGCUGAGGGCCUUCGUUCGGUUCCUGCUCGACACGGAGAAGUUCGAUGGAGAGAGGAUAUUGGACGCUCUGGUCGAGCGCUUGAACUCGCCUGAUCCCAAUCUAUGCAUGGUGACGAUGGCUUUGUUUGAUACAUUGCUGGGACUGCACUGCGAGGACCUGAUGCUGGAGCUUCUGCUCAAGUUCAUGCUGCCGGGCAAACAUGUGCCCAUCUCCCAUAGGCACAAGAUUAACAAGAUCGAUCCGUAUCUAAGUAGCAGUGAAUUCUUCCUGGACCUCACGCCAGACGUGAUGAAGCGGGCCCGGGACCUGGCCAGGCCCAAGAGUAUCCACGAGCCUCCAGCUGCCGGAGAACAGACACCACUGCCCAGUCUACCCUCGCCGGUGAUGAGCAAGACAAUCGGUGCCAACUGGAACUAUUAUGGGGUGCACACGGGCGAUAGCCUGUAUGCGAACAUCCAAGCGUAUCUGUUCGAGGCCCACUGGAGGAUUGCCCAGUGCCAGAGGGAUUGCCUGAAGUGGGCCAAUAGCUAUCGCUACCAAAAGUGGCCGCGCCCGGGACAGGGUCGUGUUCAUGCCCAUGCCUUGGAUUUGGCCAAGCAGUUUUUCAGCGAAUUUGGAGGCGGAGGACCCAUUGCUAUUGCCAGUGAUUCGGGGGAGAAGCAGCUGGAUAGCCUGCAGUCGAUCGGUGAGUCCAGCGGCUACGAAUCCUUCAAGUGGCGACCGGCAGACGAAGAAAGCGAGGCCACGGACACCACAUUGGCCACCACAGCCAGCGAUGCAGAUCUGGAGCACAACAUUAGCAGCCUGAGUAGCGUGCUUGGCGGGUCCAAUGGCAGACGCGAAGCCUGGCGCAUAUCGCACAACAAUCGCAACGAGUUGCUGUUGACGGAUCUGGACUUCUCGGAGGAUUUGUUUGCGCAGGGCACCGUGAGCUUAGGUCCCUUUCUCAAUGCCAUCUGGGGCAAACUGCAAACCUUUACGAGCAACUCGCUGUAUGUCAAUCUGCACUUAACCGGACUAAUCACACGUCUGGCCUGGUAUCCCCUGCCGCUGAUCCACUCGCUGCUGCUUCGCUCCGACAUUGCAAUCACCUCGGAUACACCCUCUUUCCACCAAGUGCUACGCAUUCUGAAGCAACAAAUCGACGCUGAGCUACCUGUGACGGAGGAUUCGCUGGAGAUCAUAGAUGUGGCGCGUUCGUCGCUCAUUGAUCGCGAAUUUCGUUUGGCGAACGCCCGCAAGGGUAACGAGGGUUCACCAAUGCAUCAACACAAUCAACAGCAACUACAGUCUGCUACGAAUCCCGGGCAGUCACAGGGACUACUGCGAUCAGCGUACGCAACUCUGUCAGCUGCCACGCCCGUACAGGCGACGCCCACAAGUGCCUACGAUCCGUUCAAACGAGCUGACAACAAACGUCGGAGCAUUAGCAAGUCCAUUACCAGCAUGUUCAGCAGGAAAUCGAGUGCCUCACCCGCAGCAGCAGCGCCACCACCCAAUGGCUCUUCGCCCGCUUCAUCUGGCUUAUCACAAAUUUACGCAUUCUUCACCGGAGCUGCAUCGAACCUGGUUGGCAAUAGCUCUAGUGCAGACGGAAGGCCUGCCCAACCAUCCUCCGGGACAUGCGAGACCAGCUUAAGUACACAACCGCAAUCGGUACCAGCCUCACGCACAGGAUCCACAACGACGACGAUGACACCGUCGGCGGCCUCUGGGAGCAGUAGUAACAGUAGCAUCGGUGGAUCUACACAGACGCUCUCCGCCCACUCCAACAUUACGACCCUUUCGUCGAGCACGUUGCACGGCAUGGAUGGUGGUCCAUCGACGGGCGGUGGCUUCAAUUCCGAGCCAGUCUCCCUCGAUUCGGUGGCCUCCAUGGGUAUAAUUGCCAGCACGAGUGGCACAGAGCGAUCGCGGGACUUGGCCCUGUGCGCUGUAUUGCUGGACGAAUGGCUAAAGGAACUGGCAGCCAUUGCGCAGGAGCAGAGCGUUGUGCUGGUCACGGAGCAGUCGCUUUGACAUAGCAGACGGCGGAUUUUAUGAUCGCAAAUGAGAACAGAAACGAAUGCAGAUGAUGAUGACUUGUGUAUACAUUAUUUUACGGAUUUGUUGGCUUAUAUUUUAACCACCAUUUACUCUAAUGAAAUUAAUUCUUUUUACCUGUUAAAUUAUCGAUAUUUAUAUUUUAAACAAUGUCGUUUUUACCGAACAAUGCCGCAGUUUUGAACAGAUUUACACACAUUAAUGUGCACAGAAACCCCAACUCACGUGUUAACCAAACUAGAAUUUAGGAUUAAAGUCGUAAAUGAGAUAGGACGGUGGUUUUUAAGUGUUCAGAUGUAAACAAUUAUUCUAAUUAACAGCAAUAUGCAAGAUUUACGACCUUUAUAGAGAGAAUUAUAUAACUCACACACACAUACCACACAUAUACAAUACAUAAAUGUAUUUUUGCAAUAUAUAUUUUAUGCUUUUAUGUACAUAUGCGAGAUCAAAUUACACAAGAGUUGUAAAACCGAACUUUAAAGUAUUAAAUUGGUCCAAG